AUGGAGACAGAAGAGCAGGGAAAGAGGAAGGGACUGAUGCGGGCUCCUCUUGUCUGGAGCCCAGUGGGCAGGACCAGCCUUGUAGGAGUUUCAGGGCCGCGGCCGACCACCAGCCGGCACACUGCCCGUUUCUGCUCUCGCUCCCUCUGGCCGGCCUCUGCGUGGAGUGCAUCGCGGUCCCAGCGCGGUGGCCCUCGCACGCACACGCACCUCCCGCCGCGGGCACUGUGCCGAGCGCGGCGGGCCUCCCGCCCCGGAGCUCGGAACAGCCCCCCGCCCCAUGGCCGCCCGUCGGAGCCAGAGGCGGAGGGGGCGCCGUGGGGAGCCGGGCACCGCCCUGCUGGCCCCGUUCGUACUGGGCCUGGGCCUGGCGCUAGCCUGCCUUGGCCUCCUGCUGGCCGCGGUCAGCCUGAGGAGCUGGGCAUCGCUGCCUGCCCAGGAGCCUUCCCAAGGGGAGCUGAUGACAGAGGAGGACGAGGCGCCCCCGGAACUGAAUCCCAGACAGAGGAAAGCCAGGAUGUCAUGCCUUUCCUGAAACGACUAGUCCGUCCUCGAAGAAGUGCACCUAAAGGCCGGAAAGCACGGGCUCGCAGAGCGGUUGCAGCCCACUAUGAAGUUCAUCCACGACCAGGACAGGACGGAGCACAGGCAGGUGUGGAUGGAACAGUGAGUGGCUGGGAAGAAGCCAAAAUCAACAGCUCCAGCCCUCUGCGCUAUGACCGCCAGAUUGGGGAAUUUAUAGUCACCAAGGCUGGGCUCUACUACCUGUAUUGUCAGGUGCACUUUGAUGAGGGGAAGGCUGUCUACCUGAAGCUGGACUUGCUAGUGGAUGACGUGCUGGCCUUGCGCUGCCUGGAGGAAUUCUCAGCCACAGCAGCAAGUUCCCCAGGGCCCCAGCUUCGACUCUGCCAGGUGUCUGGGCUGUUGCCCUGAGGCCAGGGUCCUCCCUGAGGAUCCGCACCCUCCCCUGGGCCCAUCUCAAGGCUGCCCCUUUCCUCACCUACUUUGGACUCUUUCAAGUUCACUGAGGAGCCUAGUCUUCCAGCAGACUUCCCAGGUUCCUCUUUCAGCUCUCUGACACCAGUCUCCUCUGCCUGACCCUAAGCCACUUCUCACUGCACACCCACCCCUCCCUCUUAAGGCUGCCAGGGCUAGUUCAAGUGUUUUCCAUCCUACGUAAAUAUUCUCAUUCUUCUCUUACAACCACCCCCCACCCACUCACUAGCUCCCAAAGCCCUGAUCUUCCCAGGCCCCCAUUUAACCCUUGACUCCAUCUGACCCCAAUCCCCCAGGACACUGCGUUCACUGACCCUGUGGGCAAGGAUAGGUCUGGAAGACUCAACUUAGUGCUUCAGGCACUAAGAGGGACUGGACCUGGUGGCAGGAUCCCAAGGAGCCUGGGGCUAGGCCAGGCGUUCCCAAAUGAGCCCAAGACAAGCUCCUCCCUUAAUAAUUCCCUGUGGAUUUUGAAAACAGAUAUUAUUUUUAUUAUUAUUAUGACAAAAUGUUGAUAAGUGGAUAUUAAAGAA